AUGGUUUUAGAUACUCCUUUAUCUAUUGAUACUCAAGAUCUCCUCACCGACCAGAACAUAUGUUUUAAUCAGCCUCUACCGAUUGCUAUUUUAAACCCUUCCAACCGCAAAUACCACGACCUUGAAUCUCGCACAUAUGGCCUUCCUUGCGAUGAAGAAGAACUUGACCGUCUAAACUUGCAACAUUCAAAUUUUGUAACGGUGUUUGAUGGACUUGUGCUGAAUAGUGUGAAAAAUGAUAUACGUCCUGGUUCCAAAGUCAUCGACCUUGGAUGCGGAACUGGAGCAUGGAUCCUAGAUAUGGCCAAAGCUUAUCCGGACUCGAAGUUUUUUGGUGUUGACAUUGCCGAUGUAUUUCCGAAACAUGACUUACCCCCAAAUAUCAGUUUUUCGAUCAUGGAUAUUUCUAAACCUUUGACCUUUGAGAAAAAUUCGUUCGAUUUCAUAAAUGCCCGCCUCAUAAUUGUUAGCAUUACAGAAGAAAGGUGGCCAACUAUUCUUAAAGAAUGUUACAAUAUACUCAAGCCUGGAGGACUGGUACAGUUUAUGGAGUAUGACCAUAUAGCAUCAAAUGGUGAUGAGAAUACCAUGCGUUUUGUUCGUGGUCCUUCUAUAGAUGCAGAUGGUACUGAACUGUCGAAGAGAAUUUUGGAAAAUUGGACUAGGGCCCUGAUUGGCUUCAGACCAUUUAUUUUGCCAUUUAUUUGUCCUAAUGAUCCAGAUUCGUAUGAUUUGCUAUUGGAGGAAAAUAUCAAAGGCUGUAUUGAGCAGCGUUGGUUUAAGCAAGCGGUUGGUGUAACUGGAAUGAAACCAUUAGUAUAG